GCAACAAGUGGCCGCCGCGCCCUCCCCGGGGAAGCCGCGGACGCACGGGGGCGCAGGGCGGAGACGGAGGAGCCGGACAGCCGGGGGCAGGCGCGGCUCGGCUCGCACGGCUUGGGGACCGCGGAGGCGCAUGGGGACCCCGCGGCGGAGGAGCGGCGAGCCUAGGGGCGGCACCCGGGCGCGGGCUGUGCGUUGCGCUGCUCCCACUCGCCCGGAGCGCGGAAUCUGAGAGCCCCGGUGGUUGUCCUGGAGCCGGCCCGCCACCCUCGGGGGUGCCAGGAGCGGACCUAGCACCACCCCUCCGGCCGCACAGCAGUGCCGAGCCCCCAAACCCAGAUCGGCCCUCGGUAGGGGCAUGUGCAGCUAACGGUCCGGUCCUGCCCGCUUUCCUCUGCCCCGCCGCCUGGGAGGUGCGCCCCAGCUAUGCAGUGUCCAGGGAGGAGGCGGGCAUGACGGCGACAGGAUGGGCGCGAACAAUGGCAAACAGUACGGCAGUGAGGGCAAAGGCAGCUCAAGCGUCUCAUCCGACGUGAGUUCAAGCACAGAUCACACACCAACCAAAGCCCAGAAGAAUGUAGCCACCAGCGAAGAUUCUGACUUGAGCAUGCGCACAUUGAGCACGCCCAGCCCAGCCUUGAUAUGUCCACCGACUUUGCCAGGAUUUCAAAAUGGAAGGGGCUCGUCCACAUCUUCAUCCUCCAUCACUGGGGAGACUGUGGCUAUGGUUCAUUCCCCACCUCCGACCCGCCUCACUCACCCACUCAUUCGGCUUGCCUCCAGACCCCAGAAAGAGCAAGCCAGCAUAGACCGGCUCCCGGACCACUCCAUGGUGCAGAUCUUCUCCUUCCUGCCCACCAACCAGCUAUGCCGCUGUGCACGUGUGUGCCGCCGCUGGUACAACCUGGCCUGGGACCCGCGCCUUUGGAGGACUAUCCGUCUCACUGGAGAGACCAUCAAUGUGGACCGUGCCCUGAAAGUACUGACCCGCAGGCUUUGCCAGGACACCCCCAAUGUGUGUCUCAUGCUGGAGACUGUCAUUGUCAGUGGCUGCCGGCGGCUCACAGACCGAGGGCUUUAUACCAUUGCACAAUGCUGUCCAGAACUGAGGCGCCUGGAAGUCUCAGGAUGUUACAAUAUCUCCAAUGAGGCUGUCUUUGAUGUGGUGUCACUCUGUCCCAACCUGGAGCAUCUGGAUGUAUCAGGGUGCUCCAAAGUUACCUGCAUCAGCUUGACCCGGGAGGCCUCCAUUAAACUGUCCCCCUUGCAUGGCAAACAGAUUUCCAUCCGAUACCUUGAUAUGACGGACUGCUUCGUGCUGGAGGACGAAGGCUUGCACACCAUCGCAGCUCACUGCACGCAGCUCACACACCUCUAUCUGCGCCGCUGUGUCCGCCUCACGGAUGAGGGUCUCCGCUACCUGGUGAUCUACUGCACUUCCAUCAAAGAGCUGAGUGUCAGCGACUGCCGCUUCGUCAGUGACUUUGGCCUGCGGGAGAUUGCUAAACUGGAGUCUCGCUUGAGGUACCUCAGCAUCGCCCACUGCGGCCGCAUCACGGAUGUGGGCAUUCGUUAUGUGGCUAAAUACUGCAGCAAAUUACGCUACCUCAAUGCGAGGGGCUGCGAGGGCAUCACGGACCAUGGUGUGGAGUACCUUGCCAAGAACUGCACAAAACUGAAGUCUCUGGACAUUGGCAAAUGUCCCCUGGUCUCUGACACAGGCCUGGAAUCCCUGGCUUUGAACUGCUUCAAUCUCAAGAGGUUAAGCCUCAAGUCCUGUGAGAGCAUCACAGGCCAGGGCCUGCAGAUCGUGGCUGCCAACUGCUUUGACCUACAGAUGUUAAAUGUCCAGGACUGUGAAGUUUCAGUAGAGGCCCUGCGGUUUGUGAAGCGCCAUUGCAAGCGCUGUGUCAUUGAGCAUACCAAUCCUGCUUUCUUCUGAAGGGACAGCUCCCAUUGCACAAUGAGAACCAAACGAUGCUUUGUAAAAGUGUCCCAUGUAAGCACCCAUACCCAUUCACAGCAGCUAUUUUUCUUUCGGUAAGGUUCUUAGGAGUCUGGCUUUAAUUUUUUUUUUAUUUCUCAUGAGCAAAAGAUGUCAAAAAACGAAGGGGAACCCCAAAUUUCUACCAUGGUCAAUUUUUAGAUAAACGUCACAAGGGAUGCACCUCAGCAGGCUUGUCACUGUGUCUCAGAAAUGCCCCUUACCCCUCUUUCCCUUUCCCCUCCUGUACACAAGCCACACCCCAAGUGCCACACUCUCAUCUUCUAACCCUGAAGCAGCUGCAACAUUAAGCCUUGAAGAAGGCUCUCCAAAGCUGCCCCUUAAACGACUUGAUGGACGUAAGCCCCACUCCUAAAUCCCACACCAAGCCAAUUAUGGUUAAAGUAAUAUUAACACUCCAUGUGUGCAAAGAGCUCUCCUAUGUUAACACAUUUCAGCAAACCCUAUGGAGUAAGCGGAGACAUGAUUUCUCUCCCAGCUUGAUCAGUAACUAGCCUUGUGAACUUGGUCAAAACACCUCACGUUUCUGAGAUUUUCACCACCAGGGCUAGGGACUAGCCUCAUGCCCAUUUUAGAAUUGAGAGAUGCUCUGUUCAGAGAUGCUGCUGAGCUGAGCAGUGUAUAAAGCACACACGGGUGGCGCUUGUGAGAGAACUGGAUAUGUAAGCAAGAUACGCUUUCGGGAGGUUCAGUGGGCUUACUGUAAGUCCGUACUGGGUUCUGCUCAGGUCUCCCUUUGCUCUCAUCUGAGAACCAACACAACCGUACGGUGAGCUAGUCUUCUGUGCAUCCUUUGCUGUGUUGGGCUCACAUUCACACAAGCUUUUGCGUUUUCCCUCACCCCGCCACAUCCUACUCAGAAGGGAGGGUGCCUCUCACAGGAAGCCCCUAUCUCUGUCAGCUUGUAUCCUCUGAGCAUUUUCAAACCCAACUAAGAACCCUUAUCAUUUAUAAUAACCAAGUGAGGCCCAAGGGAACCCAGGUCCUUAAGGUUUCUCGAAACCUUCUUGAUGCACGCGUGCUAUGCCUCAGGCACAUCUGUCCUGCCUCCAGCGGGGACAGGCACCUUGGUCCUUUGUCAUCCAUGUUUCAUUGUGACGUCUCUCUUCUAUUUAUUUCUCCAUCACACAAAGCCUCCUGGGGUUAAGUUUAUAAAUGUUUAAUUGUAGGAACACCACCUGCCCGCUGUCUUCAUGUUUUCUAUAAGGGAUGUAAAACAGACGUCCAGGUGUUUCAAUAUUAUUCAUUCAAGGUGCCAAGCACAGAGAGGAGGCAACACACUGGUGAGACAGAUGCUGGCACAUGCACCACGGUCCUGGAACAGAACAUUAAAAUCAUUUCAAAAUUUGAAUUUUAAGUUGAUGAGCUCUUAAAUGGUCCCUUCUGAAUAGAAGCCAACUUGCUAGUUUCAUUUUUUUUUUUAAGGAAUCAGCCAGAAAAAAAAUGCUAUUGCUUGUUUUCAUGAACUCCAGUUGUCUCUUUUUAGUAAACCCAGGACUUCCCCUAAAGUAUUCUCUAGCCAUUUCCCUUCCCCAUCACUGUGGACAGUUCACCCACAUUCUUCUCAAAGUGUUUAUCCCCCAACCCCAGAGCCUUUGCCAAGCGUGCUACAUUUGUUACAGACCAAGCUUAUACACCGCUCGACAACUGCACUCCCACUGUAGGCUCCGGUGUGUACUCUUGUCUUAUGUUGGGAAGGAGAAGUUAAGUGAUAAGCCAGCAAUUCUCCCAGAGGUUGCUGUCAUUGAUCCUGUGAACUCCAGCUUCCUGUUCAGUUCACACCAUCCUCAGGAUCAGAUGGCUGAUCACGGGUGUCGGAAAAGAAAGUAAAAAGUUUAGUCCUGGGGACAGGAUCUAGGGACAGCCACUGAGUUUAGAAUCAUAAAAGAAAUUGAAGGUAGCAUCCUUCUGCUCUCUGACUGUGGCUUUCACUAAACCUUGUGAUUUGGAGAGUCACAAUGGGUUGUCUGUAACCCUUGACACUGGGACAUGCCAAUUAAUCUGCUUCAAUACUCCCAGAAUGAGCAGGGGGUCCAAAGUAGAUCCCUGAGUCAUUUUGAAUAAUUGUAUCACCACUGACCGAGUACAUCACCUGAACUGUCAUGUGAGACCCAAGGGACGUUUCACACUUGCUGCCUGCCCAGCACAUAUGUCUUUCCCAGUUUCUUCCUUUCUCAUCUUCUUCAUACCCUCUGCUUUCUACUGGGGUGGAGGUAUGGAUCUGUCACAGAGGUUCUUGGGAACAGCUCAGCAGAUGUUUUUGAGACCAAGCAAAUGGCCUCAUUAAGAACUUUAUCUGUUUGGAAACAUGGCUUCCUUCCUGGCUCUGCUAAACUGAAUGGUAUUUGUUGUUGUUGCUGUUGUUUGUUUGUCUGUUUCUCUUUAAUUCUAAUGUUCAAAUCACGUUGUGCUGUAUGCCUCUAGAAAGCCUUAAUUUACUUCCACCAAGAAAUAAAGCAAUAUGUUGGUAA